AUGGAUGAUCUGGAUGGCCUCGCGGAGAUGCAGAAAAAAUUUCGUGACCUGGUUGCAAAUGAGAGCAACAUCAGAACCACUUGCUGUUUUGCAACGUCACCUGUUCCCGGGAGCAAACUUAUGAUAUCACCUGAAUGGGCCAUUCUUCCCCGCGUCAGACCAAUCGCCAUCCAUGCGGACCAUUUCGGUAUGACAAAUUUCAAAUCUUCGUCCGAUCAGAGCUUCCAAGCUAUUGCGGCAUUGCUUUCCAAGCAGGUGUACAAACUGAGAGACACGACCCGGACGGCCCAAACCCGCGACGAUGGCGUGUCAAUCUCGGGUUCGCAUCGCAUUGCACCGACAAUGUCUGCUGCAGAGCGUGCAAUGCGUGCGUUGCUCAUCGGCAGCUCCCAUUAUGACGAUUGGGACUUGGACGUGGAUAAUGAAUUCGCAACGCAUACUCUCGCGCGAAUGGAGACUCUCCCAGGAUCCACCCCCCGAGUCCGGCAGGGUUGGAGCUCUGCUCCGGAACCAACCACCGCAUCGAAGGAUAUUCAAGUUGGGCUUCCGCGGCUUCCCGAAGCAGGAAGCCAAAGGCACUUUGAAAUCCUCCGACAGUGGCUUUCCAUCUGUGACGAUAGACAUCCUUGGGGGCCGCCUCCACAUUUCUGCACGUACCGGAGCAACGUCGACCAACCUAAGUUUGGAAUCCAGCUCAGCAAUCUUCCGGCCACGUUGAGAGAUGCCAUUAUCACCACGAGAGCACUGAGACUGCGCUAUCUGUGGAUUGAUUCGCUAUGUAUCAUUCAGGAUGACGAUAGCGACUUCAACGUCGAGGCAAAGCACGUGGAGUCUAUCUUUGGCCAGGCAUAUUGUGUCAUCGCGGCAAGCCGAUCCAAAGGGCACAGAGAUGGGUUCCUCCAGCCUCGGCGAACAAGAGAGUUCGUCCAGCUUCCUGGGCCAAACAACGAGCCUUUCUACCUUUGCGAGAACAUUGACGACUUCGAACAGCAUGUUCUCGAGGGCAACCUGAAUAAGAGAGGCGGGGUCCUGCAGGAGCAUGCACUCGCUCGACGUACCAUCUUCUUCACCGAACAUCAGACGUACUGGGAAUGCGGAGAGGGCGUCCGCUGCGAGACCAUGACGAGAAUGCACAGCAACCUUGACGCGUUCGUCGGCGACCCCAAUUUUCCCCAGGCCAUCAUGUCGGUCGCGAGUCCCGACAUGAUUGUCAGGUAUCAGACCUUAUACGAAAAAUUCUCCCAGCUUGCGUUUACGAAGGAGUACAAUCGACCCAUUGCCAUCGAUGGCCUCCAAAAUUGCUCGCUGGAGGUCUUCGACACAAAUAACAUCAAGGGAGGCUUCGGCGUCCUCGAUGAUGGAACGAAAGGCGGUCUCCUGCACCGAAGUCUUCUGUGGCAUCCCGCACCGACAGCAAAAGAUUUUCACCCCAUCACCUUUCCGUCGAAUCGAGACAUGCUGGUGCCAUCGUGGUCGUGGACGGCAUACGCUGGGGCAAUCAAGUACCUACCGGUCAGGUUUGGAGACGUGGAUUGUGCUGGGACGGUCCCCACGACCCGCAGGGUGGGCAGCAUUGCCUUGACUGCGAAGUUGUGGGAUGUCAAGUCGGUUGAAGGGGCCGAGAUGUACUUUGAUCACCCCGGAGGCUCCGAGAGGACUGCUCUGCAGUGCAUUGUGCUAGGAGUGAGACGGCUGGAGCAGCCUCGCCAAAGUCGUGAGUUGAGGUUGCGCUACGUGAUGUUUCUCAAGCAGACAUCGGGAGAAGAGAGGGAGGCGUUCAGGGUGUUUGAGAGAAUCGGAGUGGCAUCGCAAGAUGCGCCAAAUAUCGCCGCUACUGCCAAGAGGCAUAAUGUGGACCGUUCCACCCUCUCCCGGCGCUGGAGACGUAAAACGGGCAGUUGGGAGGACCACGUCGAUUCCAUGUCAUUGCUCACCAAGCAACAACAGAAGAAUCUAGUCUUCUACAUCAACAAGUUGACCGAGCGUGGUAUCCCUCCGACCAAUGCCAUGGUUCGAAAUUUCGCCCACGACAUAUGGCAAAAAUGGCCCGGCAAAAACUGGGUUUAUCGGUUCAUCCAGGCCCAUGAGAACGUCCUGAAGUCGGGGUACCUAUGCGGCGCCGAUUUAAGCCGGAAAAAGGCCAAUAAUGUGCAUCAAUAUCGCCCUUAUUUUGAGCUGGUGUGUGGGUUUAUAUGA